CCAGGAAGCAUGGUGAAAUCAAGAGAUAUUAGUUCGUUUGAUGAUGCGGUGAAAUAUGUCAAAACGGGGGUUGAAGCCGGCGACCCGACUGUUAUAGGAAUUUUAGUAGCCUUAUGUGUUGUACUGUUUACAAUCGUGCUGCUGGCAUUCCUGAAGGGCAGGAAGAAUGCGAGACAAGCUGUUCUCCUCCUGGGAACAUGUGACUCUGGGAAAACUUCCUUGUUCUGUAAGCUUGUACAUGGAGAAGUGAAAACGACAUACACAUCUAUUAAAGAAAACGUUGGCAGCUACAAAGUGGAAAAUAAGAACAAAGUUCUUCAGAUACUAGAUCUUCCCGGUCAUGAGAGGCUUCGAGUUCAAAGUUUGGAAAACCAUAAACGAUCUGCCAGAGGAAUUGUGUUCGUCAUUGACGGAGCAGCCUUUCAGAAAGAAAUCAAAGAAGUAGCUGACUACCUGUACUUGAUACUGAGUGACGGUGUGUUGUCAGGUAACUCACCACCUAUCCUGAUUGCCUGUAACAAACAAGACCAAACGCUUUGUAAAGGGGCAAAGGUCAUCAAGUCUCAGCUGGAGAAAGAAAUCAACACUCAGCGAGUGACGAGGUCUGCUGCACUCCAGGGAACAGACAACACCGCCAACAACAACACCUUUCUCGGAAUGCGGAACAAGGAUUUUGAAUUCUCUGAUUUAAAGCCGUUUAAAGUAGAAUUUGCAGAGUGCUCUGCACUGGGUAAGGGGAAUGGCUUGUCAGACGUGGAGGAAUGGAUUGAGAAGAUUGCAUAGACAGUCCAUAGCUGCGUUCAGUGUUACUUUUGACGCUUGCCUGGCGUCUUUAUGCUCAUUAUAUCAGUUCUGCGUACAUGGAAGUUCUGUGAAAGUCUUCAUCAAAAGUAUUGACAUCAAGGAGUGAAAGGAAUGCAUUUCUAAAUUAUGUUAUACUUGUGCCCACUGGGUCAUUGUGGCAGAGGUGGCUAGCGUCCCAACGCAGGACAGUGACCAGGAGCCUCUCAUUAAUGCGGUCGUUGUGAGUUAGUCAUGCUGAUAUCCUCUCCCAGCUGUACGAGGAAAUGUCUACCAGCAACCUGGGAUGGUCGUGGGUUUCCCUAUGGCGUUGCCGGUUUCCUCCCACGGGUUGAAUGCUAGCCGAAGUAUAAGUGAAAUAUUCUUGAGCACGACGUAAGACACCAAUCAAGUAAAUAAAGAAAUAAAUAAAAAAAUACUUGUGCCCUGAACAGCUGUUAGGACAUUAGGAAUUCCACACGUUUAAAACAUUAUACAAAAUUGUACUAAAUGUAUUCAACGUGUUCUACAUGACCUUCACUACUUAUUUGUGCAAAUCAUCGUCAGGAAUGUCUAAUGUAACAAAACAAACGUAGUUCUCCAAGCGAUUAAAUUAUUCGUGGUUUUGGGAUUCUUGAUUUCUUGAGUCCGUAUACCUUUCAUCACCUUUCAUCACCGGUUUGUAGGUGAAGUCAGCAAAUAUAUGAAGAUAUUCACGU